AUGCCCUACUCUCUGCUCGGCCGGAAUGUCCUGAUUACCGGUGGCUCGCGAGGUCUUGGUGCUCUCAUCGCUCAGAAAUUCGCCGCCGAAGGAAGCAAUGUCGCCAUUAACUAUGCGUCGAACAAGGAGACUGCCGAUAAAGUCGCUUCGGAUCUUGCAGCCAAGUAUAACGUGAAGACAAUUGUUGUCCAGGGUGAUGCGGGCAGCCAGAGCGAUUGCAUCAAUACUGUGAAGACCACUAUUGAACAACUGGGAGGCAUCGACGUCAUUAUUUCAAAUGCUGGAUGGACAAAGAUGACCAACUUCGGCGACCUCGAUGCAAUGGAUGAUGAGGACUGGGACAAGUGCUGGUCAAUCAAUGUCAAGAGCAGCUUCCACCUUUUCAAGGCUGCUUUACCUACAUUCAAUGCCAACCCUGAAGGCGGUGUCUUUAUUAUCACCUCUUCGACUGCGGGUGUUACUCCUAGCGGUAGCAGUUUGCCAUAUGCCGUGACCAAGUCGGCGGCAAUACAUCUCAUGAAGUGCCUGGCGCAGUCUCAGGGCUCCAAAGUCCGGGUCAACGCUGUUUUGCCUGGUCUCCUGCUUACUGAAUGGGGUCAGCGCUUCUCUCCGGAGCAGAUCAAGGGCUGGACGGACAAGACCGUGCUCAAGCACGCACCCGAGGUUGAGGAUACUGCGGAUGCAUAUCUCUCUAUUUCAAAGAACACCUCCAUGACUGGUCAAACAGUCCAGAUCGAUUCCGGGUUCCGGAUUUAA